UUGGGCUUCUUAGCAAGACUGCAUUAUUGCAAGGAAACCGAACAGAUCAACAUCCCUGCUAAAUUUGGGAUGCUCACAAAACCACUGUAGCUGGUGCAAUUGUGAAGGUACAGCUAGAGGCUGCCUGUGGUAUCCCAUCCAGCUAUUGAUGUCAGCACUGAAUGUCGGAACUUGGAAGAAACCGCAGGUUCAGAAAUGGAACAGAGGAGAUCAGCUUGGCCGUUCCACUACGUAAACAAGUAUACAUACCCACAGGCAUACAGUUCUCAAAGGAUUACUAAACAACUAGAAGGCAUAUGCCUUUUGGAUCUGAGCUCACCUGCUGGCACAUAGGCCCUCUAGCACCUUCUGAUUCCACCUGAAGAGACCCAAAGAACGCUGUUCUGUCAACUGGGGCUUAGCAUCCUACAAGAGAAAGAGUCCGGUAGAAAAAGUUGGAUCAUGGUGGUGCAGAACAAUUUGGACCUUGGGGACACUAGGAAAGGCAUCCUCUUGGAGCCAUUCAUCCAUCAAGUUGGGGGCCAUAUGAGCAUGAUGAAGUAUGAUGACCACACUGUCUGCAAGCCCCUGGUCUCACAGGAACAAUGGUUCUAUGAAUCUCUCCCCACGGCAAUGAAACGAUUUACCCCUCAGUACAAAGGUACUAUUUCAGUAAACCUCAAGAAGGAUACCAUGGGCAAUCUGAGCCUCAUAGCCUGUCCACAAACGGAUCGGCGCAGUUCCUUGGAUAAUGCACCGAAGGAAUGUUCUAUGACGAUAUGGCAGAAGCUGAACCAGGCAAACACUAGCAACAGUGAUCACACAUUUGUCAAAUGGAAUCAUGACCAUCUCACAAAUACUAUCAAGGAGAGUUGCCAGGGUAAAGCAAUACUGCAAAGUGACCUUCAGUACCAUGGAGAUGUAUCUACACUUAUGGAAGAUGCCAAUGGGAACCAAGCAGAAAAGAACAGUUAUAAUCCAUGGGGACUGCACUGCCACAAACAGCAUCUCAACCGCAUAUCUUCCAAGUAUAAUGAGAACAAACCUCAUCAAUUUCUAUUGCUUGAGAAUGUGGUCUCCAAGUACAAAUGCCCAUGCAUUCUAGACUUAAAGAUGGGAACCAGACAGCAUGGUGAUGAUGCAUCAGAAGAGAAGAAAGCACGCCAGAUAAAGAAAUGUGAACAGAGUACAUCAGCAUCUCUUGGUGUUCGUAUUUGUGGCAUGCAGGUUUACCAGGCAGAUACUAACCAAUACCUCUGCAAAGAUAAGUACUAUGGGCGGAAACUUUCACCCGAUGGCUUCAGGCAAGCCAUCUACCAGUUCCUUCACAAUGGCAUGCGUUUGAGAACAGAACUUGUGGAACCCAUUGUAUCUCAGUUGAAAAUGCUGCUAUCCGUCAUCAAGAAACAGAGCACUUACCGCUUCUACUCCAGCUCACUUCUCAUAAACUAUGAAGGACUAGACAAAGCGAUGCCUUUGGACAGUCAAAGCUAUUGUCAAAAUACUAGCUGCUCCGUCCUUCAAGGAAACAGCCAUCCUAAAGUUGAUGUCCGCAUGAUAGACUUUGCUCAUACAACCUACAAAGGCUCAAAGAAUAAUCAGACUAUUUAUGAUGGACCAGAUCAUGGCUAUAUUUUUGGUCUAGAAAACUUAAUAAAAAUUGUCCAGAGCAUACCAGUGUGAGAACGAGAACUGCUAAAGUGACAGGAGACUAUAUGGUGGUUAAAUGGCAGAAUGCAUAUGCUGGGCCAGCAGUAGAAGGCCCACCUAACAACAACAACAUCAUCUGCACUGUUUGAAAAUGAUAAUGUGGGCAGCUUGCUAAGAAGAGCUCAGAUUAUACUAUAUGGCCACUGUAGACUGGCCAAACUCUAUCAAACAAUGAUCCAUCCAUAUUUGAAUGUUGCCUACUUGUAUCAUUUGUGAGCUAGGAGAAAAUAUUACUUGAAAGGAAUUUUUGGAGUUAAAGGUUUGUUAACCAACAAAGGCAAAGCAAAUACUAGGAUCAUGUAAAAGGACUAUGUAGAUACACUGGUGAGUUCUUAAAAACCUGCAGCUUUUCAUUUUCUCUCACUGGGUUUGACGGGUAAUUUCAGUUACAAGAUCAGAUGACAAUUGCCCUGCAUGUGCUCAGCUGACAGACAUUGGCACUUUCAAAAACACACAUUAAUUCCUCAAUUCUUUUUUCUAUAACAGUGUUUGCGGUAAUAGAUCCUCCAAGGAAUAUACAUAAUAGCCAAAAGAAGUGAACACAGUAGAACCCAAAUAUCAGCUGCAGGAAGGUUCCAUGGCUCCUCCUGGUGUGAAGCAGGUUUUUGAUGGAAGAGCUGGAAAAUAACUUGUUACACAGAGGGUACACAAUCUGUGAAAUGGCUGUCAUGAGGGCACUGGCUCCACAACAUUUUACACUACAGAGACAUGCACUUCCCAGAGAUGGGAAAUAUCUGGACAAACUACAAGUGGGAUUGUGGGAACCAUUGUCCAAAACAAUAAACAAAUCCCGUCUGUUUUGUCUAGGAAGUGCACAUACAGUGGUGCCUCGCUAGAUGAUUACCUCGUAAAACGGUUAAUUCACAAGACAAUGGGUUUUUGCGAUUGCU